AUGGAGAGAACACGGGUCGCUAAGGUUGACGAUGUGACCUUGGCGCGUCGUGGUGAACAGGUUGUUGGCACCCUCCACCUCACCCCUCAUCAUAUCAUCUUCUCCCAUAUACCGUCGCUGCCGGACAGUGCGCAACCUUCUGCCACGCCGAUUAGACCAAGAGAGCUUUGGAUCACUUAUCCUAUUAUAUCUUUCUGUACCUUCCGCCCCGCUCCGGCUGCUUCCCGUCAACCAUCGUCGAUCCGUCUGCGUUGCCGUGACUUUGCAUUCGUUUGUUUCUAUUUCGCCAGCGAGACGAGAGGCCGUGAUGUUUAUGAGAGUAUAAGGCAGUGGACAUGCAAAGUUGGGCGGAUCGAAAAACUCUACGCUUUCACUUACCAGCCACCACCUCCCGAGCGGGAGCUCAACAGUUGGGAGUUAUAUGACCCAUUGAAAGAAUGGGCAAGGCAGGGGGUAGACCGGGAUAACCAUGGCUGGCGUAUCUCUCGCAUAAAUUCGGACUAUACGUUCUCCCCGACUUAUCCUGCUCUCUUGCCGGUUCCGUCCUCCAUUUCUGAUAAUACGCUGAACUAUGCGGGGCGAUAUCGGUCUAGGGCAAGAGUGCCCGUGUUAACGUAUCUUCAUCCCGUUAAUAACUGCUCGAUCACAAGAAGCUCACAACCCCUGGUGGGUGUGCGUCAAAAUCGAAGCAUUCAGGACGAAAAGUUAUUAGCUGCGAUUUUCUCGACCUCUCGCUCCGAGAGACCGCUAGCAAAUUUCAACCCAGCGCAUUUAGAUCGAGAAUCUUCUAGUUCAACGCAAGGCGAUGCAAAUGAUGAGACCGUGACUGAUUUUACCAGGACGGAAGACUUGGAGGAUGAGCUGUUAACUUCAUUCUACGGGGACUCGGAUGGCAAGCAUCAGGUAUAUGGUGCUCAACAGCACAACUUGAUUGUCGAUGCACGGCCGACGGUAAAUGCAUUUGCGAUGCAGGCUGUUGGCCUCGGCUCGGAAAAUAUGGACAAUUAUAAGUUUGCAACCAAAGCGUAUCUCGGAAUUGACAACAUUCACGUUAUGAGGGAUUCCUUGAAUAAGGUGAUUGAUGCCUUGAAGGACUCAGAUGUCACCCCGCUAGGACCAAAUAGAGACCAGCUUGCACGCAGUGGGUGGUUAAAGCAUAUUACUGGAAUUUUAGACGGCGCGGGCUUGAUUGCCCGCCAAGUUGGCCUUCAACACUCGCACGUAUUGAUACAUUGCUCGGAUGGGUGGGAUCGGACCGGACAGCUUAGUGCUUUAAGUCAGAUAUGUCUUGACCCUUAUUAUCGUACGAUGGAGGGCUUCAUGGUGCUGGUGGAGAAAGACUGGCUUUCCUUUGGGCACAUGUUUCGGCACCGUUCUGGACACUUGAACAGUGAAAAGUGGUUCCAGAUAGAAAAUGAAAGGAUCGGAGGUGACUCCAGUCGUGGCUUCGGGGAGGCUGGCGGUGCGGGCAAAGCCAUCGAAAAUGCAUUCCUUAGUGCCAAAGGGUUCUUCAACCGAGAUAACACAAGUCGUGACUCUCUUCCCGAGUCCGAUGGAGAAAUGCAAAGCUACGAUUCAGAUACUCCUGGUCCUAAGAAACUCAGUUCCGCUCCAAGAUCGGUUACCCCCGAAAAGGAGAUGACGAAGGUGAAAGAGACUAGUCCGGUGUUCCAUCAAUUCCUCGAUGCAACCUAUCAACUGCUGCACCAAUACCCGACACGAUUCGAAUUUAACGAGCGGUUUUUACGCCGGCUGCUAUAUCAUCUUUAUUCGUGCCAGUAUGGCACCUUUCUCUAUAACAGUGAAAAAGAGCGUGUGGAGUCGAAAGCGAAGGAGCGCACCCGGAGUGUGUGGGAUUAUUUCCUCGCCCGGAGAGAGCAAUUUCUCAACGCGAAAUACGACCCCCAUAUUGAUGAUCAUAAGCGUGGGAAAGAACGCCUCAUAUUCCCCCGGCUCAGUGAAGUCAGGUGGUGGGCUGAGGCAUUUGGUCGAACGGAUGCGGAAAUGAACGGCUUUCGUUCGACUGGAUCUCCCCCUGCGCGACGCGAGAACAUUGAUGCGGAACGAUCACCGGUGCUGACUGGCAUUGAGAUAGCCCAGGAUCCUGUCACCAGUAGCACCGGUAUGAAAGGGGCUCACAAUGCUGCCUCGGCGGGCAUGGCAGCCGUCACGUCGGGGAUCUCGAGUUUGGCUUUCUCCAAGCCCAAGGAGAACGGGCAAGACCCCAAAAAAUUGGGAAGGGGAAACCCUAAACGGGCAGAAACCCCACUAAAGGCCGACUGUUCAAAACUGAUCGAGCGGCAGCCGACUAUUUUCGCCUUUGAACGACAUCCCAACUUUGGUGCUCCGCAACCACGUCCUCGGCCGUUUCUUCGACAACUUCAUCCACCCAACAGAAACGCAAUCAUGGCUGCUGUCCAGGGAGCUAUUUCGAAGCGCCGCAAGUUCGUCGCCGACGGUGUCUUCUAUGCCGAGUUGAACGAGUUCUUCCAGCGCGAGCUGGCUGAGGAGGGCUACUCUGGCGUUGAAGUCCGUGUCACUCCCACCGUCACCGAUAUCAUCAUCCGUGCCACCCACACCCAGGAGGUUCUCGGUGAGCAGGGCCGCCGCAUCCGCGAGCUCACCUCCCUCAUCCAGAAGCGCUUCAAGUUCCCCGAGAACUCCGUCUCCCUCUAUGCCGCCAAGGUCCAGAACCGCGGUCUCUCCGCCGUCGCUCAGUGCGAGUCCCUCCGUUACAAGCUCCUCAACGGUCUUGCCGUCCGUCGUGCUUGCUACGGUGUUCUCCGUUUCAUCAUGGAGAGCGGUGCCAAGGGUUGCGAGGUUGUCGUUUCCGGAAAGCUCCGUGCUGCCCGUGCCAAGUCCAUGAAGUUCACUGACGGAUUCAUGAUCCACUCCGGUCAGCCCGCUAAGGACUUCAUCGACAGCGCCACCCGUCACGUUCUCCUCCGCCAGGGUGUCCUUGGUAUCAAGGUUAAGAUCAUGCGCGGUUCCGACCCCGAGGGCAAGGCCGGCCCCCAGAAGACCCUCCCCGACUCCGUCACCAUCAUCGAGCCCAAGGAGGAGCAGCCCGUCCUCCAGCCCAUGAGCCAGGACUACGGUGCCAAGGCUAUCGCCGCUCAGCAGGCUGCCGAGCAGCAGCGCCUUGCCGAGCAGCAGGCCGCCGAGGGCCAGGAGGGUGCUGGUGCGGAGACUUUCCAGCAGGAGUAA